AUGGCACGUGCACCACAGACUAAGAGGAAUGGCAAAGUCGAGGAGCAUAGCAUUUUGCAAGAUACAUGCCAAAAGCAUUCACACUCGGAAGACGUAGGGCUCGGUCCCGUACCGUAUUAUACGGAUACGGCAUUUUCGUAUACGGUGCCGUACCGUAUCCGUAUAAAAAUUUUGACUCAAAAAUACGGCACGUAUUUUACGGGCCGUAACCCAACUACGCCGUAUCCGUAUAUGGCGUAUACGUUCCGUAUACGGCCGUACCGUAUCUGUAUAGGUUUUCGGGUUCAGAAAUACGGCACCGUAUUAUACGAGCCGUAUCCGUAUAAGGGUCGUAUUAUACGGCCUGUAUCCGUAUACGGCACGCUUCUACGGAUGGAGAAACAACACAUGAAGUGGGAAUCUGCGCGACUUUGUGCACUCGUCCACAUGCGUUCAAAGAAUUUCUGCAUCAUGGCCAUAGUCCCAGUUAUGAAACAUGAGCUCCAACGCGCUGCAAUGGAAAAGCCAGUAUUUUGUAACAAGAUUAACAAGAGAGAGCUGAUGCUGACUGGUUCUCGAGGCGAUUCGAGCCUGGAUGUCGUCCCAUCGACCUGA